GAAAUUGAAAUCAGGUCUCGGCGCCUAAUUCUUCUCUGUUUCUCAGUUUUGGUUCGGGAUGAAAGUCUUAGUAUUUCGUGAAUAAAUUUCCAGCAUAUAUGUCAAUUCAUUUAUAAGUUAUAACCAUUUUACUUAUUUACAUUGAAUCGUUCCACAACCAAAUAUUGUUUCUUUCACUGACCGAAAAUGAGUUCAAGGGUUUUUAUCUAUUGGUGACAUCAACUAUGGUGCGAUAAUUGUAUGUAGUCAUUCGUAAAACAGAUUGCGAGGCGGAAACUUGGUUUGUAUAUUAGUUCACAAGUUUCCCUCAAAAACUUCAGUUUUAGUUUCAGUUUCAGUUUGGAAAGGACAGGAGGCUUGAUGGCCUGUGUUAGUCCUGGCAAUGAUGGUCUCUCAGCUGAUCCAACUGCCUUUUGAAGGAGUCGACGGAUGGAGCCUCAACCACGUGCUGAGAUAUAGACCAAUGAUUGCUCAGAAACCUUUUCAUAUUGUGCCAGAUAACAUUUUAUUACAUUUGUACACGAGAUUUAUCCUUAAUAUUCCUGAUGAGUUGAAAGAAGAUUGUGCAAAGAAUUUCGUAAGAAUCUUUUUUGAAGUUGAGCGCGCCCAUUGGUUUUAUAUCGAUUAUUGUAUUGAAGAUCCUUCAGUUGGUGGUGUUGAUAUGUUUGGACUAACGCAGCAAUUAUUUGAGAAGUUUCCUUCUAUUGUACCCAAGGGCAUAAACUGGCAAGAAAAGUUUGUCGAAUGGAAGAAAUACCGUGGGUCUACAGCUACUGGGAGCAUGAUAAUUAUUGACGAACAUCAUAAGAUGAUCUUGUUAGUUCAAGGAUUCUAUGGUAAUCGUUGGAGCCUACCUGGUGGCAAAAUUAAUCAAGAUGAAUCUCUUGUUGAUUGUGCUUCUCGUGAAGUAAUGGAAGAAACGGGUCUGGACUUAGCAAAUCGUAUCUUACCGUCCCUCUAUAUUGAUCGUUAUAUUGGUGGUACUUUAAGACGAGCAUUCAUUGUUGAAGGACUUCCCAGGACUUCUCGAUUGAAGCCUGGUACAAAAAACGAGAUUGAAGCUAUAACUUGGUUUGGGAUUGCUGAUUUGCCAACACAUAUCCAAGAUAUUGCUACUAUGGAAAAAUUGAAUUCAAGACCGAACAACUUCUACCUGGUGAUCCCAUUUAUUCGGCAACUGAGAUUAUACAUAGAACAACGACUGUCGGGCAAACCACCUGGUCUAGCGUUAUCUGAAUCAGAGCGCCUUUGUUGUAAUUCUAUGAGUUAUCCUGUUCAUCUUCAACACAAUGCAGUUAACAGUCUAUCAAAUAUGAAAGUAAAUGCAACCAGUACCCCGUCCAAAAAGCAAAAAAAGAAUAAGAAAUCAAACACGUCAAGAAGUCCCAAUCAAUCUUUAUCUGAGGAUGGAAAAACUGGCGAAAAAUCGAGGAAUCGAACAAGUUCUAAUGUCGCUAAUAACGCCGAAUCUAAGAAGUGUGGGGAACAUAGUGUAACGCGUUUGCCUCGUCUACAUCCUUAAAAGCUGUUUUCGGAAUGUCGUCGUUGGCUGGAUUUAUAGCGAAUAAAGAGAUCGGAUAGACCUGUUAAAAUUUAUUUGGGUUUUGAGAAGAAUUUCUUAGAAGCUAUUGUUUUAGUUUGAAAUUUCAUUUUAAUGAGAUUGUAUUAACGUAACAUAGAAUGUAAGUUUUGAAUGCAGAUAUUAUUAUAAAGUUGGGCAUCGUGUCUUACCUAUGAAUACUCUACAACUUACACAUUGUUUAAUGUCUUGAAGGCUAGUGGUUAUGUAGAAUUUCCAUGUGCUUUGGCUAGUAUGUGGCGAAAUUGCGAAAAAAACCAUACGUAAUGAUGUUUACUGAUAUACUUAUUGUGUUUUAUAGUUUCUUUGAGUCCAACAAUUAUUAGGUUAUGCUAUAAAAAUAACAUAGGAAUGUCUGAAUGAUGAGAACAGUGUUCCGUUAGAUGAAACUAUCGCGUCAAGUCCCAGAUUUCAGGUUGUUUGAGAUUGCCGUCGGGGGAUUUUAUUAGUGAACGAAACAUUAACACAGCAACCAGAAGAACAAUAGUCAAUGAUGGUGUGUGCCAGAUUCUACGACAAGUUUAGUUGUAUUCUGAAAUAGUUGGUUGAUCGUGUGUGUAACCCCAAGAAAACUAAAGUUCCUACCUGUAGGAUCGAAGUUAACAACCACGUGAUAGAGUAACGCGUAAAAUCCUGGACAAGUUUGCAUACAAUUAUUGUACUGUUAUUGCCUAUAUGUAUGCAACGCAGUACGAACGUUAAUUUAUUAACGAGAUCUACCUAGUUUGCGCGUAAUCAAAGAAGUAUAUUUCCCAAAACGGAUUUGGGAAGUUAUUUAUCUGAACAUACGAUAAGAUGCGUAUGACAGAUGAUAGCUGAGUCGAAAUUAUAAUGACAAACAUUAUGAACAGGAGAAUGGAGAACACGAAGUAUGGAAACUUACAAUAAAACAAAUAUCCAAUGACUGCAUUAGAGUUGUAAUCAACUUUUACAAAUUUUAAUUGGAUGGAAUUACAGUAGAAAACAAAUUGAAUCUUAUAAGUAUGUUUACAUGUUUAGAAAUCCCAGACCUUCACAUGGAUCUCCUCUAGGAUUACUGCUUGUUCCAAACCUUUGUAAACGAGGACGGGUGGACGUUGGGUUAUCAAUCUCACCACGUAAUAAAAAACUCUCUGAAAGCACUUUAACCAUAAAAAAAACACUAACUCUACUUUAGGAAUUGAAAUGUCUUCAUAUAGAAAAGACAUGACUCCACAUGGAACAACCAAAUGUGUUUUGAAACCAUGACAUCUCCCACUCUUUACACAGUUGAAUUUACUUCUUUACGAGAAGCACCAGCAUAAAAAACGGAUAUUUCUAGAGAGCUUGGGCACGAUUCAAGAAAGAAAAAGCAAGAAAACAGCAGUCAAUAACGGCCGAAAAAACGCACCAAACCAUCAGCCCACCAUGGAAGGCCAAAAUGGAUAAAUUGUGUACAUGUAUUGUCGAAAUCUAACCGCCAAUACUUAUGCAAGUAUUUAUCAACUAAUGUCAAUGAUCGUAUUAUCACUUUGCAGUUAGACACUGUAUCCGAUGUUACUUUGAUUUCUCGCAAAACGUGGCACGAAAUUGGCCGGCCAAGCGUUCAUCGUACUAACGAUUGCAUAAACAAUCCAUUGGGCAUCCCAAUCAAAAUUUCUGGAAUUUCCAAAUGUACAGUCAAAUUUGAUGAUCUAAUAAUCAAAUCCAAAUGUUAUGGCGUUACUGAUGAAUCCUUCAAUCUAUCAGGUCUUGAUUAGAUCACAAAAUUUAAAGUGUUUGAUUAUCCAUUUAAUCUAAUUUGUAAUCAAGAUUCAAAAAUGCUCGAUCGUUAAUCCAAUCUUAUUUGAAAUCAAGUAUGUUCAUAUCCUCAUAUGAUGCACAAGUGGAAGCGGAUAUUUUCUAGUGAUUUUCAAAAUGAUCACAAGGUGAGGGCACGAUCGACGAAAUCACCAGGAAUAAACCCGAAUCCACCCCUGAUGAGUCAAUGUUAGGAAAGAAGACUACGAAUUUACUUGAUGGCAUGAAUCCACAAAGAAGGAGACGAGAAUAUAAACUCAAGAUGAAGAGAAUUAAACACGUUUCCUAAUAGCCGAAAUGUAAACUACACCCGCGAUAAACGAAUAAUUCAGUUAAAGAACCUCUUAGCUCGAACUUGCAACUAGAUUAUGGAAUUCAUGCAGUCAGUUUGUAGCAUCAGGAUAAGCGCGGAAAAAGUGGUGGCCAGACUCCAAGAAAAUUAUCUAGAAGACGACAUUCCCUUCAACGCCUUCAGUUAAAUCCAACGAGCAGGACUUAUUUUUCAGGAGGGAGAGGUGACAUGGAGAGCCAAUCAGGAGUAGCCUAAUGAGUAGGUCAGUAGACGACAAUCUUGAAGUGACCUAAAGUACAAGUGCAUUUCAUUGGUUAAGAAAUGGAUUAAUUUCCUAAAAAUUAGUGUGGUAUAUAUAUGAAUGAGUAUUUGUGCAUUUUAUUCGGUAGCCCAAUACACUUUCUUGCUCAAGUAGUCAGUUGGAGGUAUUAGCGCGUAACAUACCGUGUAUCCAUAUCAGAUUUAGGACACCGCCCGUCACAGCAGACUACAUGAUACAACGGAGCUAGCAGAGAGAUGUACAGUAAACCAGAACGACCAGUCAAGGAUGAAGGAGGAAAACCAAUCACUGCGGUUCAAAGCUAGUGAAACAGAUGAGUACGCAACUUUUAAGAGCUAUCGAAUGAACCAGAGUUACUGAACUCACCAAAUAUCAAAGCAAAGCAACACAAACAAACCUACCUAUAGACGAUACCACGGAUAAUAGAAAAAACCAGCAAGACCACCAGGCGGAUCAAGCAUGACGAAACAGCACAACCAAACGACAUACUAGCUGAGGCAUUAGACUCACAUACAGCGGUAACUAUGAUGAUGUUACACAUUCUUUUUCGAAAGAUCUGGGAAGAAGAACAAAUACCAACAAACUAGAGAGAUACCAAAAAAGAUCUUAGUCAAUGUUAGAACUACGGAAGCACCAAAAACUACUAAUAGUACCAACCAAAUUUUUUAAACACAGGUUUGUCGAACUGAAUGAAUGAUUCAGUGAAUGGUCAACAUCGAGAUUAACAAGCUGGUUUUCGUAAGGGUAGAUUAUGUACCGACCAAAUCGCGACACAGCGGAUCAUUGUUGAACAACCAAUUGAAUGGAACUCAUCACUAUACACCCAAUUCCCUAAUUAUAAGGAAGUAUUUAGAAGCGUGGGUCAAAAACCUUCGUCGACAUAAUGGAGUACGUGGGAAGAUCGUCACUAUUAUAUGAAACCCCUAUAAAAGACUGGGCUGAAAAGUUGUGCAUGGAGAGUAGCUCACAGGUGCAUACUAGGUGAAGACUGGUAUCAGACAAAACUGACUAUUUUAGCUUUUUCUAUUUCCAAUGGUUGUUGAACGGAUUAUUGAGAACUCCAUAUCUCAUGGAAAGCGCUGGAUACAGUGGAAAUCUUGGACGCAGCUAGCUGAUUUAAACUACACAGAUAACCUAGUUCUUCUAUUCCAUACACAAAAACAAAUGUAGGUGAAGACAGCCAGUGUUGCAAUAGCCUCUACAGUAGUAUGUUUCAAUAUCUACAAAGGGAAAUCGAAUAUUCUAUAGUGCAACACAGUGAGUACCAGUCAAGGCACACUUAAGGAAGAUGUAGUAGAAGACGUUUUAGGAUUCAUGCAUGUAUGUGUCGUUUGAUUAUUUGCUUCUAAAUUUCAAUCAGCGAAACCGAGUUCAUUUUAUUUUAAAUGAAUAAAGAAUAUGUGAUUUUAGUAAUUCAUAUAUUCAGUUGCGUGCUGCCUUGCCAUUGGUUUUAUUCAUUAUGUAAAAUUAAUUCUGUUGCAUUAAUUUGGCGAUUGUUAUAUUUUAUUUAGGUUUUCGUUUUCAUUUGAUAGGCAAAAUUUUCUUUCGUGUCAAUAGUGGAUGGAAAGUUUGAUAGCAACUCCAAUAAUAAUGAUGAUAAUAAUAUCAUUAAUAAUAAUAAUGUUAAUGAUGACGUUGAUACUGGUUUACAAAUGGUGUCGUAUUGGAAAUUGUUUCAGAUUGAUAGAAAUAAAUUGUUAGAAUGUUUAUGUAAUAGCGCAAAGUGAAGGGAUAUUUUAACAAUUCUUUCGAGAUAAAUAAAUGAGCACAAAACUACUCAUUUUAUUUUGAGCGUUAAAAGUAUUUUUUUCCUUUUAAAAUUAACCAAUGAAUAAUAUAUGCUUUUCUACUUAUACGUUUGUAUUUGAUGUUUAUAUUCCUGAUUUAACAAAAGUAUUAAUUACUUUUUAACACGAAUUUGUUUUUUUUUUGUGGUUUCUGGGAAAUAGUCUAUUUUGCAGUUAGAUCCAGUAGCAUUAAAUGUUGUUUGUAUAGUCUUGUUCAUUGAACUAGAUAGUUUAUAUUUUCUAACUGAUCAAUAGUGACUAAAUUCUUUUAAAAGACAAAAAAUAUUGUUAGUGCACUUCGUUGAGAGGUGUGUGAAUAGUUCAGUUUAAGUUAGUGGUUUUCAGUUUCAAUUACAGCGUGGCUAGUCUGUAUUACUCUUUGUGAUGCAUAGCUAGAUAGGGUAAGAUUCAUAUAUGCGAAUUAUUGAAUCCAAGCUCUCCUGCUUACUUAGUGUGUAUCUUAUUUUUGUUUACAUCAACGCAUUUUUUGCAGAAACAAAAGGUUAGAAAAAAUUUGACAACUGAAAUUAUAAUUUGUCUUAAGCGUGAGCACUAAUAAAAUAUCGAGCGUAGUCAGAGUUCACGCUUUGCAAUGGUGUGAUUUUAGGAACCCUGUAAAGAAGUGUCCAGUGUUUAUGCUUAUUCAUGUCUAUAAAUUCUUUCGUAGCCGAAAUCUGGAGACUGUCUGUAAUGAUCUAAUAUCGUUCAUAAAUUUCACUUGUUCUGAAUUAACACGUCUCCAGUUUCCACUUGUGGAUCUGCGACUUCUCAAGUUCUCAUUUCUAAAGCAAUAUAAUUACAACUUACGGCAAUUAACAUUCACUUUGACAAACCGAAUAGAAGUACAGAUUAGUAAGCAAAUGCAGAAUAGUGCUGCAGACAUCAUUACCAAGGAUAUUACAAAUAUAUUAUUUAUUUAUAGUGCUGCAGACAGUUUUACACAUCAUAAAAACUUGAUUGAAUAUUCAGCACGAUGGUCCCCUACCUCAGCAAUCAUGAGAUAGGGGAGUCAACUUAUUCUCAUACGCUCGCAGAUUUAUUACCUCUUCCAGGGAAGUCCUACUAGUCAGCUUAGUAUACUCAUCCGUAAAUUGAUAGGCGGAUUUCUUGCCUCCAUCACAGGUGACGUAAGUUGGCAAUAGCCAAACGAGUUUUUUGAACCGGUGCAGAGACUUUUUAAGACACCAACCCAUUAGGGAUCAUCAGACUUCCAAGAUAAGUGAA